CGCCGGGCUGCCGUGCGCAGAGGACGCGGGCGGCCAUGUCCCGGCUUCUGGGCGCGGGCCUGGCCCGGGGCCUCCUGCGGGCGGUGGGGCGGCGAGGCCGGGGCCGCCCGGUGCGCCUGCUGCCGGGGUCGGCGGGAGGCCGGACGCCCGCGCCGCAGGGCCGAGGGGCGCCGCGCGGCCGGGGCCCGGGCCUGCUGCCGCUGCUGGCAGCGCUCGCCUGGUCCGCGAGGCCCGCGGCGGCGGAGCGGGAGCGGCGGGACGCGGGCGAGGCGGCGGCCGGGGACGCGGCGGCCGAGGCCGAGGCCGAGAUCAUCCAGCUGCUGAAGCGAGCCAAGUUGUGCAUCAUGAAGGAUGAGCCAGAAGAGGCAGAGCUACUUCUGCAUGGUGCCCUUCGCCUUGCCCACGAGAGCGGUAACAAGGAGGCCAUCACUUAUACUUAUGAUUUGAUGGCCAACUUAGCGUUUAUACGGGGUCAGCUUGAAAAUGCAGAAAAACUUUUUAAAGCAACAAUGAGUUACCUGCUCGGAGGGGGCAUGCAGCAGGAAGACAAUGCAAUAAUAGAGAUCUCGUUAAAGCUGGCCACAAUUUAUGCUGCUCAGAAUAGACAGGAACUGGCUCUUGCCGGCUACGAAUUCUGCAUUUCAACUCUGGAGGGAAAAGUUGAAAGAGAAAAGGAAUUAUCAGAAGACACUUUGUCAGUGGAAGAGAAAGCCAACACCCACCUCCUCUUGGGCAUGUGCCUAGACACUUAUGCCCGCUACCUUCUGUUCUCCAAGCAGCCGGCAGAGGCACAAAAGGUGUAUGAAAAAGCUUUGCAGAUUGCUGAAGAAAUACUAGGAGAAAGACACCCACAGACCAUCGUGCUGCUGAGCGAUCUGGCCACCGCCCUGGAUGCGCAGGGCCGCUCCGACGAGGCCUGUGUCCACGCGCAGAGGGCAGCCGACCUGGCGAGGCAGGUGGAGCACCCGGAGCUCCACGUGCUGCUCAGCAACCUGGCUGCGGUCCUGAUGCACAGAGAACGAUACACCCAAGCAGAAGAGAUUUACCAGGAAGCUCUGACACGCGCGAAGCUGAAGAGAGACGAGGUGUCUGUGCAGCACAUCAGGGAGGAGCUGGCUCAGCUGUCAAGACAAAGGUCUGCUCUGUCGUAGCCGCACUCCAGGCCCUUCCUUGUAGGGACCUUCAAGUCAUACCUCUUAUUCCAGCCCCCCGGGACGCCCUCCUCAGCAGCUCGAGUCCCCUCAGCUUAGCCUCGGUAGAGGACAGGCUGUGGACACUGCAUAUGCUUUGUGUAUAAACCUUUUGUUUUGCAAAGAAAACUUCCCCCCGACCUGAUUUGCUUCUAAGGACGGAUGUCAGUGGGUGCUUUCCGUUGUGACAGAUGGUCGGGUAGGUGCUGUCCGUGCUGGUCCCAGCAGAGCUCUAGACGAAGAGGGGCCAGUUCCCCCCUGGGACGGAUUUCAGCCAGGCACCUCCCCCUGAGAUGAUGGUCCCGACUCACUGCCUUACCUCAUUCUGUCGAUACCUGGCGGGCCAGAGCCACUGGGCCUCUAUCUCCUGAAGCCCAGGUGGGACUCAGUGCAGUGUCUUGGCAUGCCACCAGCCCGAAGUUCUUAAAGUGUGAAUUAGGCACUUGGAAGUAUAGUUUCCUUUUGAUUGUAAAUAAAAGUGAACUGUAUGUAUCUGGUUAUAUACAGCUGUGAAAAAUUGAGGGCAAAGAGUGAUGUCCUCCUGUGUCCCUGCUCUCUGAGCACUCACCCCUCUGCACCCGGUCACAGGGUAGUGUUGUCUGGGGACAGCCCGGCCCUCUGACUGGGGGCCUGUAGGUGUGUGAUGUGUCCCACUGGUGCCGUAGAAGCAUCCGGGUCCUGGACCCUAGCUCAGGCUUCUGGAGUUUGGGCCUUAGCACCCUCUCUUAGCGUCUGGCUGAUGACCUCACUAGGAUAGACCACGUGCUCAGAGCUCUGUCACACUGCCUCAGGGUAUGUAAAGUACGUACACACAGGGCACACCUUGACGUUUACACCCAGCAGUUUAGGCGGUUCUUCUGGGUACCAGGAAGGAGCUCUUGCUGCUCUGCCGGUGGCGGUGGGAAGGAUAAACUGGUAUUUUUUGGUCCCUGUGUACAUACAUACUGGAAGAAUCCUUUCAAAAUCAACUAGAGACUCUACAACAAUAUUGUAUGUAUUUCAUAAUCUUUGAGUUUCUCAUUAAAAUAAUUUACUAAAGAGUUAAUAAAAAUAAAAUACAGGGAUUAGAUUAAAACUGGAAAAAAAAAAAAAGUGCAAAAAUAGUACAAAGAAUUCCCAUAUGCUGUUCACCUAGCUUCCCCAAAUAUUAACAUCUUACAAAGUUAUUAAAAUCAGGACAUCAACAUUCAUACAAUUUUAUUAACUAAUCUGCAAAUUUUGCCAAUUAUCCAAUGAAUAUACUUUUUCUAGGCAGAGCCAAUCCAGGAUCACACAUUGCAUUUAGUUGUGUGUACGUGUGUAUUUGUUAACUUUGACCAAAAAAAUCAAGCCUAUCCAAAAAAGUUGCAACAAUAGUACAGUAAAUUCUAGUAUGCCCUUCCCCUAGAUAUAUCAGUUGUUAGCAGC